GAGGGCGGGACCGGGCGCGGGAGUAUAUAAGCCGCCGCCCCGCCAGCUGCUGCGUUCGUCGCGCUGAGGCUUUGAAGUGCGGUGUGGUUUCUGCAGUUCCGCACACCGGUGACGAUGGCAUCAGAUGAGGGCAAGCUGUUCGUCGGAGGGCUGAGCUUUGAUACCAACGAGCAGUCGCUGGAGCAGGUCUUCUCCAAGUACGGGCAGAUCUCCGAAGUGGUGGUGGUGAAAGACAGAGAAACGCAGAGGUCCAGAGGCUUCGGCUUUGUGACAUUUGAAAACAUAGACGAUGCGAAGGAUGCGAUGAUGGCCAUGAAUGGGAAGUCUGUAGAUGGCCGUCAGAUCAGAGUUGAUCAAGCUGGAAAAUCAUCAGAGAACAGAUCCCGAGGCUACAGAGGGGGAUCCACCGGGGGCAGGGGCUUCUUCCGUGGGGGCAGAGGUCGGGGCCGUGGCUUCUCCAGAGGAGGAGGAGAGAGAGGCUACGGCGGGAGCAGAUUUGACUCCAGAAGUGGAGGAUAUAAUGGCUCCAGAGACUACUAUAAUAGCAGCAGGAGUCAAGGAGGCUAUGGAGACAGGUCUUCAGGAGGGUCCUACAGAGACAGCUACGACAGUUACGCUACACACAACGAGUAAAAAUCCUUCCUGACUCAAGAUCGUCCUUCCAAUGGCUGUAUUUAUAAAGAUUUUUGGAGCUUCGCUGAAAUCGUUAUUGUGUAGUACAUCUACUUGUAUUUUCACUUUUGUAGUAUUAUCAGUUCUAAUCUUGUCAAACACAGCCUGACAGCUUCUGAUACGAGAUGGUCUGAUUAGACUUUUCUUUAAGAAAGCUCUGCUUUCGAGUGUUUUUAAUCUUUUUUGAAAGCACUUCAGAUUUUAUUUUACACUUCAUGAUGAGCCAAGGUGUUUUUUCUUUUUAAAGUCGUGAAGUUGGGGCCCCAAUUCAGUUUCUUUUGAGAUAGAAAGGACCUUUAAUUCAACGUUCACUAGAAGCUGAACAAGCUGUGGACUUUUUUUUAAGUGCAUUACCUUCGUCUUUUGUAACAUUCCUUUAGUGUAGCAAGGUAGGAAUGCAGCCUGGGUACAAAUUGGAAGGCAAACCACCUUGAUAUAUCUAAAGAGAAACUUGCUUGUAUGUUCAACCUGCAUAACGGUAUUUUUACUGUUGUAACGAUGUAAAUUACCCAGAAAUAGACUUGCAAACUUACCAUAAAAGAGGUUCUUGAAAAUGUUUAUUUAUAUUGUCCUUUUUUACUGGAAGAAAUAUGCAUAUUCCAUUGAUAUUGUAUUUGAAGUGGUAAAGGAUUCUUGUAUACAGUUUUCUUUGGCUUUACGAAGCCUAUUAAAAGACCGUCUGAAAUGAA